UAAUAUCAAUUGGUUAUCUAGUGAUUUAGAUAAAUUAACAGAUACAGAAUCAUCAUGUAGUUUUUCAUUAUUUGUAAAAGAAAAUGAAACAGAUUAUAAAAUUAAAGAUAAUAAGCAGUCUAACAAUAGUAAAAACAAGAUUAAACAAUGUGUGAUUACAGAAAUAAAAGAUGGUAAACUAAAACAUUGUUUAAAUAAAACUUAUAGACAAAUUAAACAAAUUAUAAGAAUGUAA